AAAACAUAUAAGUUACAGUUAAAUUUAAAAUAGCAGAUGUUCUACUUUGGGGAAGUCGUGGUGCUGUGACGUCAUCACCAAGAGACAAUAAAUCAAGGAGCUGAAGCUUCGUUCAUGUUGCUGUUGGCACGCCGAGCAAAGCAGCAGGCUCAAGAAUAUGGACUUGGCAUACGGCCCAUUGGGCCUGGGUGCACUAUCAGGACUGGCCUGUGGGCUUCUGCUUGGUUGGCACCUUCGGGCUCGCUUGGGCCCCACAUCCAAAAGCUUGAUGGCAGCGAUGGGGAACGGCGCUGGUGAAGCAAACGUGAUGGGCGAAGGAGGCGAGUUCAAGAUGAUACUAGUGGUCCGAAACGACCUGAAGAUGGGCAAAGGGAAGGUCGCCGCCCAGUGCGCUCAUGCAGCCGUGUCCGCUUACAAGCAGGUUCAGCGCAGGAACCCCGAGCUCCUCAAACAGUGGGAGUACUGCGGCCAGCCCAAGGUGGUGGUGAAGGCCCCCGAUGAGGACACCCUGAUCGAUCUGCUGGGUCAUGCCAAAGAAGUAGGGCUUCCUGUCAGCCUGAUUCAGGACGCAGGACGGACUCAAAUCGCACCCGGCUCACGCACUGUGCUGGGUAUUGGACCUGGCCCAGCGGAUCUGAUUGACAAAGUCACCGGAGGCUUGAAACUCUACUAGUUGGGUCUAUGAGUUUCUAUUUUUAUGAAACAAUUGACCCAAUUACAUGUAAAACUACUUGAUUUUGUUUUGGGCACUUGAUCACAUUUGUCGACUCAAAUACCAGCAACGGCUUUAUAUGAAUAAAUUGACUGCUACUUGUGACAUCAGCAUUAACACAACAAGCACCGCUUAUGUUCAGUCCUCCACCGUGUCUGAAGUCACGAUGCUCAGUCAACAGAAUCCCAGCACAAUAAAAUAGUUUUCAUUGCAGACACUGACUUGACAAAGUAGGCGUUACUAAUAACGUUAACAAUGGCUGUGAGCUGGUAUGCAAAAUAGCAAUGCCAUAAUUGUUGUUUAAAUUAAAUGUUGAUAAUCCACCUAGACUUGCCUUCUAUGAAUGAGCACAGACUUAAAAUGAUCUAGUAAUAAAAGUAGAGACAAAUGCCAAUACCCAAAAAUUAAUUCUGAAAUGAUAGUCAUGGUUACAGUGUAAAGGUUUCACAGGAUACAAUAGGUCACUGCCAAACAUCUGACAUUUUGCAGUAGAGUGGUUAAUGCCCACCCCUUCUCAAAAAAACAUAUGCAUGUUGCAUAUUUUUCCUGGUCUUAAGAUGUUGCAUUAGUUGACAAUCCUAAAAGUUUGUUACACAUAAAAGUAGGAAAAAAUGCCUCCAGCUAAAAUCAAUCGCAUCCAUGUUGUCUUGUGUGCAUCGACAGGAGAGCCAUGACAAAUCAAACGUUCAGCUGUUCUGAGGUGCCAUGUUAUUUUUAUGAAUGGUUGCAACUAGUUGUUGGUCUGCGCUACUUGUAGCACCCAUUGGUUUGUACCACCAGAGGGUGCUAGGACUACAACCGUACAGUGAGCCAAGGCUGCUGUUGAACUGACCAGAGCCUAUUCAGCGAGACAUCGCAGGUUAAGAGUUAGAGGAUUAUGUUAUAAUCCAUUUCCACACCAGUUUGCUGCAUGCAGCUGAAUCAGGAGCUUGGACAGUUACCACAGAUGAGAAAAGAAAUGGUGAACGUUAUUCUAGGCAUAAGAAAUCAAAAUGUUCUCCACGACUGGUUUGCAACAUUUUGUCAGUGAUGUACAAAGAAAUGUAAACUAGCGCAAAAUCCUUUUUGGUAAAAAAAUAAAAAGUUGCAAAACCCA